AUGCUUUUGGACUUGGCAAUUUCAUCGAGUAACCUCCCAGACAAAAUCAGCAGCUUGUCAGAUCUACCCCCGUCAAGUGCAAUUUCCAGAUAUUUAAAAGCAUUAGAGUCUGAUGUGAAAGCUGGGCGCCUAAAGAAACAACCAGAAAAGUGGAUUUUAGAAGACAGGUCCAAAGACAAGGACUUUUCCUGCAGACUCACUGGGAAAGACUCUAGACUCGUUCGGCAUGGUUUCAUGUUUCUGGUAGAUGCAAUCAAGGGGGAUUCAGAGAACCCUACAUUACUCAUGAAGCUGAUCUACAAUGUCUUUAUAGCAAUCAAGUUGAGAGACUGUGCUUCAAGGUUCUCUAUGUAUCAUAUCACCCCUCCAGCUGUCAAAGAGUUGCAAGAAAUAAGUCAUGAUUGCUUCAAAGCAGUAGAACUUUUCAGUGGAAAAGUUUCAGGCACAGUCUGGAGUAUUGGGCAUCUAGCUCCUGUGGCUGCCCUCGAAAGUCGUACUUGGCAUCCGAAGGAGUUUCGUUGUUAUUCACAAGAAAAAGAGAAAAACUUGAAUUGUCAGAUCUUUCCUUUAUCUCCAAAUAAUCUUUAACUCUUCAGUUCUUCAGAUAAUAACUUAGUCUGCCUUACACGAUACGGAUGAGCGAACGAUUACAUCGAUUGUAAACCUAAAUCACACAUGUGAUAAACAAGAACAUGGCGGCAACUAGCACGAGUCCUAAGCAAAAUGGUAACAACCGCUGACCAUAAAUACUGAAAACUCCUUACUACAGCACUGCUGUAGUAACAAGCUCCAGUUCAUACGCAGUGGAUGUUUGACAAAUAUGGAACUGGUCUUGGUGUAAACACAAUGCAGGGAAGGGAGGCAAAGCAUGUCCAGAUUGCUAGUUAUGCGAAAAACAGUCUUUUCAAAGAAUGCUGGCCCCAAGUGUUCCGACAUGACUACAUCAGUAAACUUUGGCUGCCUAUUCAUCAACCCUCCCUGUUGACCUAUUACUAG